AGCGGAGAAGAAGAAGAAGAAGAGAGCGGAGAAGAAGAAGAAGUUGUAGUAGUAGUAGUAGUAGUAGUAGAAGAAGUAGAAGAAGUAGAAGAAGAAGAAGAAGAAGAAGAAGAAGCAGCAGCAGCAGCAGCAGCAGCAGCAGCAGCGGUCGACAGCGACGGAAUGAGCGACCGGCUCCGGUGACUCCUUCACCACGACAUGGAGGUCGCCUCGGUCGGCCGCUCUCCCCGGGAGGAGCUCGAAGACGGAGAGAUCUGCGAUGAUGAAACCGAGGAGAGCGUGCCGCUCCGGCGGGGGGAUGGGAGCAGGCCGGGCGGCGCGGCUCCUCCGCGGACACGGAAACCCCACCAACACCCGCACGGCAUGGCGCCACACAUGGGCCUCCCGCCGCCGGACUUCCGCCUGCUGAUGCCCUACAACCUCGGCCCGUUCCCCCCGGCCCUCCGGCAGCAGUGCGGGCCGAGCGGACCCGACCGGCCUCCCUCUCCUCUGCCGCCGCCGCCGCCGGGACUCCUCCCUCACGGGGAGACCAGCCCGCGCUCCAGCUUCUGGGAGCGGAGCCACGGAGCCCUGGGCCGGUUCAGGCACCGGGCCAUGCCGAACGGGGGACGCGGAGCCUGGAAUCGAGGCGGCCGCGGCGGGAGAGGCGGCAGAGCUCCGGUCGGCCGGUACGGGCCCGGACAGGGUCGCGGAAACAAGACGGACUCUCCCUCCAGAAAACAGAAGCUUCUGGGUCGGAACCAGGUCAGGAAAGUUUCUCACAGCGUCUCCAGAGCAGAGAACAACGUGGACGAGUCCUUUGAGGACCUGCUGUCCAAGUACAAGCAGAUUCAGCUGGAGCUGGAGUGUAUCCGCAAAGAGGAGACCAUGGCUCUGGAGCCCAAAGCCUCGCCCGCCAGAGAGAACCAGGCCGGUCCGAUGGAGACCGGGCCGGGACCCGAGGUGGACCAAGGUCGGGCGGUGGCAGCGGAGGAGGUGUCGGAGCAGGAGAAGGCCGAGACCAAAGCCUUCCAGGCGUUCAACAUCAAACCUCUUCGCCAGAAACUGUCAGCUCCCGCGCAUCUGGAGCCGCCGAAGGAGCCGCAGAGCCUGUCGGAGCGAGGAGGCGGGGUUGACCGACCGGGUGAAGAAGAGGAGGAGAGAAGAGAAGAUGGAGGAGAGACGGAGCCGAGGCCUGGACCCGAGGAGAAGGCGCCGUGUUCGUGCUGCGGUGACGAGGCUGACGAACGUAAGAAGACGUGUUCGUGCUACAGAGAGUCGUCGGCUUCCAGCGAGGACUCGGCCGUCUCUCCUGAAAAGCCGGUGGUGAAGGUGGAGGAGGAGGAGCUGUCGGAGCUGCAGCUGCGGCUCCUCGCGCUGCAGUCGGCCAGUAAGAAGUGGCAGCAGAAGGAGCAGCAGGUGAUGAAGAACAGUAAAGACCGGAUCACCAGAACCGCCCUGGAGAAGAAACCCGGCCCCGGGUCGGGUCCCGGGUCGGGGACUUGCCCCGGAGCUGCUCCGCCCAGCAGGCAGAGAGUCACCACCAGGUCUGCCUCCUCCGCUGCUGCAGCUGCUGCUGCCGCCGCUGCUGCUGCUUCAGAGAAGAACAGAACCAGGUCCAAACCUCUGGACAGGGACCGUGACAGGACCAAGACCGGGCCCAGGCCUCCGGACCGAGACAGACUUCCAGAGAGAGACCGACCCAAGCAGAGUCCGAAACCUGGUCCCAAAGCUUCGCAGCAGAGAGGCCGGACUCCGGCCAAACCUCACGUGACCAAGAAGAUGAUCAGUCCAGGCUCGGCGGCGAAGCAGGCGUUCAGGAAGCAGCAGCUGCGGACGUGGAAGCUGCAGCAGCAGAGAGAGCAGCAGGAGGAGAAACGAUGGCUUGACGAGGACGAGCGGCGCAAGAGAGAGGAAGAGAUCCGACAGAUCCGAGAGCUGUCGAACCAGGACGAGCAGUACAACCGCUUCAUGAAGCUGGUGGGAGGGAAGAGCCGGACAUACAUCAAGUCCAGGGAUCGUGAACACAGGAAGUCGGCAGGUAAACCGGGCCUUGACGCCUCGGGGAAUCUCUACCAGUACGACAACUACGACGAGGUGGCAAUGGACACGGACAGUGAAACAGGUUCACCAGUGUCGUCUCCGACACACGACCUCUUCAGCUCCGACGCUCCGGGAGGUUUCCCUCACAUGCUGUACCUGAACGACUCUGCUCCGUUUGGACUGACCUUUGUCUCCCCCGUACAAUCAGGUGCCCCCCCCCCUCCUCCCCCUCUCCCCCCUCCCCCAGACGAGCUGGAUCCUCCUCCCAAGCCUCCGUUUGCUGACGAGGAGGAGGAGGAGGAGAUGCUGCUGAGGGAGACGUGUCUCAUGUCCAUGGCCAACAAGAGGGUGUCGCCCGAGGAGAAGAGCUCCAGCGCUCCGCCCUCCCCCGGCCGCCAUCCUCCUGCCAGCGCUCAGCCGCCGCGCCGGGGAAACCUGAGCCUCGUCAGCCUGAACACGGUGUCUCAGCCCCGGACCAACAAGUUCACCAGAGGACACCACGCCCCCCGAGUGCCACUGGUGCUGCCGAGACACAAGUCAGUGGUGGUCUCUCUGAACGCCUCAGACGACAGCGACUCGGACGUGGACGCCUGCAGCGCCUCACAGACGGUACUCGGGGGACUGGAGUUCAUGAUCAAAGAAGCCCGGCGGACGGUGGAGGCAGCGAAGCCCAAAGAGGCGUCGGGAUCUGAGAAGGAGAACAACCCGGUCAGAACUCCGGAGGCUCUACCGGACGCCAAGAAGGCGGAGUACCGUCAGCUCAAAGAGGAGAUCGCCAGCAGAGAGAAGCUGAAGAUGUUGAAGGACCACGGUCAGGCUCCUUGGAGCUCCGCUCCCUCUGCUGCGUCCGAGGCCGUGGUGGAUUCAGGAAGAACAGCGACGGAGGCGGCGCUGAGCGAGGCCGAGCAGCGACUCAAAAAGAACAGGGAGCUGCUGCAGAGGGACGAGGCCGUCCUCCGACAGCUGCUCCAACAGGAGCUGAAGAAGAAAGAGUCCCUGAAGGCUGCCGAGGCCAAAGUGGCCAAACUGAGGGAGCAGCUGCAAGCGUCCGAGAAGAUCGUCGGUGCCAACAAGACGCUGCUCAAGAAGCUCCAGGAGCAGGUGCUUCGUGUUGAACAUCGAGUGUCUAUCAAGAAAAGUCUGUCAACCAGGUUUGAGCAGGAGCUGGCUCAUGCUCAGCUGGCUACAGGAAGAGGAUCCAAACGCAGAACAGACGCCAACCAGACCCAGGCCAGGAAGCUGCUGCGUGUGGACGUGGCUCCGCCUCCUCGCGGCUCAGAGCGUCACUUUGCGCAGCUGAUUGCUCAGAAGCAGCGGCUGCAGCAGCUGGAGUCUGAAUAUGCCCUGAAGAUCCAGAGGCUGAAGGAGACGCAGGCCCUGUGUAACAAAGGAGUCCCUGCAGAGCGGCCCCCACGAGCCUCCACCCCUGAAGACCCUCCAGACCCUCCCGUCCAGGUCCCACCCCCCUCCAGCCCCUUCCCUCUGCCCCAGCCUUCCCUGCACGACCUCACCCAGGACAAACUCACCCUGGACAGUGAAGACGUGGCAGAGGCUGAUGAUCAGGAAGCAGAACCUGCAGCCGCCGCAGCUCAAGGGCCCCGCCGACACUCCCUCCGUCAGUCCAGCUGCUCCUUCACCAAACCCAACCUGGAGCAGCCGAGCUCUGCUCCGGCUAAAGACGGCAGCAGCACCAAACCUGCCAAGGCCUCGAGCAGCGGAGAGGUUCCUGCAGAGAUGUUUGCGGGACUGGACCUGGACGCCCUGAAGCUGCGAUACCAGCAGCAGGCCCGGCUGGGACAGCUGCUGCAGAGCGAGCUGCACAAACUGGGACAGAACGCCACGAGUGAACAGGUGGUUUCAGUGGAGGUGGAGGUGACGACGAGUCCGUCAACGAGCAUGGAGCUCAAACCUGUUCCCUUCGGACCGUACCAAAGUCCGCUGCUGGUCUUCAGGUCGUACAGGUUCAGUCCGUACUAUAGAACCAAGGAGAAGUUACCUCUGAGCUCUGUGACCUACAGUAACAUCAUCGAGCCCAGGAAGUGCUUCUGUCGCUUUGACCUCACAGGAACCUGCAACGACGACGACUGUCGCUGGCAGCACAUGAGGAACUGCUCUCUGACCGGAAACCAACUCUUCCAGGACAUUCUGUCAUACGACUUGUCUCUGAUCGGCUGCAGUGACAGCAGCUCGCACGAGGACAUCGCUGUCGCCACAGAAACGUACAUGAAGAAGCUGUUCGGCCCGAACAAAGACCGAAUGGGGCUGGAUCAGAAGGCCGUCCUCCUCGUCAGCAAAGUCAACGAAAGCAAACGACACGUUCCGCCGUUCACCACCUGUAAAGAUGCGAGGCAGUGGAGGCCGAAGCCGUCGGCGCAGAGCGCCCUCGGCCCCGAGGACGACGGAGAGCACGAGGUCGCAGCUGGAAACAUCUCGCACGGGGGAUACGAUGUCUGCGCUAAGACCCGCCUGUCUGUGCUGGACGUGUGCGUCACGUCAGAGGACAAGCGUUACUUUGUCAGCGAGACAGACGACAUAUCGAACCUGGAGAGCAGCGUCCUGGAGAAUCCUCGGGACACGCAGCUGUGGAUCAAACUGGCCUUCAAGUACCUGAGUCAGAACGAAACGUCAGCAGCAGAGUGUCUGGAAGCCGCCCUCAACACGCUGUCCCGGGCUCUGGAGAGUAACUGUGAGAACCCGGAGGUAUGGAGCCACUACCUGUCUCUGUUCUCCAGGCGAGGCAGCCGGGACGAGGUGCAGGAGAUGUGUGAGAUGGCGGUGGAGCACGCCCCCGACCAUCGGGUGUGGUGGAACUAUCUGGCGCUGGAGUGCUCGUUCGAGGGGAAAGACUUCGUCUGUGAUCGUCUGCUGCAGUUUCUCCUCAGGGAAGCGUCGUCCAGAGCCUCAGACAAACUGUCCUUCCAGCUGAUGGAGGCUCUGCUCCACAGGGUCCAGCUCCACCUGUUCACGGGCCGGAUGGAGAGCGCCCGGGCCGUUCUACAGAGCUCCUUAAAGUCAGCUCACGACAGCAGCAUCGCUGAUCACCUGAGCGCCGGUGACAGGGCGCUAGUCUGGCUCUGCUACAUCCACCUGACGGAGUUCGACCGGCUGCCGUCCAGCCUGUUUGACCCGUCUGAGUCCGGCCCAUCAAGAAUAGUCAGCAGAGAGUCCUUCCUUCUGCCCUGGAGGACACCGCAGGACAUCAGCACGCCGCUCGACAUCCUCAUCGCGCUCUUCCAAGAUGCCAUCGGUCAGUGCAGUGAUGAGUCUCUGUCCCGGAGCGAGAGGACGCUGGCCUGUCUGCCUCUUCACUCCAACUUCAUCUUCUUCAACAAGCUGCUGCAGAGGUACGACGAGGCGGUCGUCCACUGCGAGUCUCUUCUGGAGCUCUGCCCCGAGUCCUGCGUCCUGCGCGAUGCUCUGGCCGACAUCCACCUCAGCAGAGGAGACGGCGACCGGGCGGUCAGCAUGUGGCUUCACGCUCUGGCCGAGUGUCCCAACAACGCCGAGGUCUUCUAUCACUCUUGCAAGUUCCUAAUGGCUCAGGAGAAGUCGAGUGCCGUGGUUCCUCUGUUCCGAGGAUUCAUCCUGUCACUCUGUGAGGACGAGCAGAGUCCGAAGAACCCCGUGGACGUUCUGCGACACAUCCUGGGUUUCCCCAGCGAGGAGCUGCUGAGAGGUUCCGUCGUGAAGAAGGACGUUCAGGAGCAGCUCAGUCAACAGACGCCGUACCUCCAUCUGAUCCACUGUCGCUGGCAGAGGCUGCACGGCUCCGUAGAGCAGACGGUGGACGCCUUCGAGAGGGCGCUGGGAUCCGUCCUGCAGCUGGAUGAGCUUCACAAACUGUGGAUGGACUUCCUGCUGUUCAGCGGCAGUCAGCAGAACUCCAGACUCUUCUCCGACCUGGUGCAGCGCUGCCUCAGCACUGUCCCAACCCGACUGGAGGUUCCCUUCAACCCUGCAGAGUUCUGGAGCUGCUACCACUUCCACAACCAGGUCGUUGCUCUCUACCUGAGCUGCCUGCCACAGUCCCAGCAUGCGCUGCUGCUGGAGAGGCUGAGAUACGCCAUGCCCAACAACACCGAGCUAGGCCUGAGGUUGCUGUCUCAGGAGUUCCAUGAUGGGAACAUGGAUCAUGUGAAGUUCCAGUCGAGGAUGUUGAGCAGUAAUUCUCCAAAGUGUUCGACCACCUGGAAAAUAGCGAUCGCCGUGGAGACGGAGCUACAGGAGCGAUCUGAGGUGAGACUUCUCUACCAGCAGGCACUGCUCCACCUCCCUCUGUGUGCUGCCCUGUGGAAAGAUCGCCUGCUGUGGGAGGCGGCGGAGGGCGCCCCCUCUGACAGGCUGCGGCGGCUGGUGGACUGGUGUCAGCAGGUGGGCGUGAGUCUGGUGGAGGUGCGGGCGCAGGGAGAAGACGUCUGAUUGGUCAGCUGACUCCUCAGACUCAACGGUCUGUGACAUCAUCAACAGUAAAGAAAGCAGUUGAUUGGCUGCAGAGGGUUGGUUGAGAGCAGACGAGGUAAGACGAGGUGGUCCCUCCCAGGCUCCGCCCCCUCACAUGGACGAGCUCAUGUCCAUCACAUCAUGUACGUAAGUAUCGAGUGACGGUGUCUCUCACUUCAUCCUCCUUCUGUUUCUCUCACUUUCAUUUGGAUUCAUCUCCCUCCCUUUUAUUUGACCCUCCCCGGGGGAGGGGGAGGGGGGCGGGGGGGGCGGACUGUGACAUCUCACUGUGGUGAUUGAAUCCCCCCCUCCCCCGGCCCAUCCCCCUGUAGUAAUGAUGCAACAUCUGCACAUUGUCUUUUUUUGUCUCAGAGGAAAAAGACUUUUAUUUUGUUAAGUGAUCAAAGUGAAUAUUGAUCUGCGUAUUGAUCAAACUGAUUAUUGAUCUGCGUAUUGAUCAUGGCUGCUGCCUGUUAGUAUUGUCAGUGACGGAGCAAGGGACUGCCACAGAGACUGAUCCACGCCGAGCGGCGCCGCGGACGUCGCGAUCUAAUGUGCAAUCUGUCUUUUGAUUUGUCAACUUUCUGCCAUAAAAUCAUUAAAGAGUAUUGACGAGAGGACGAAGCCCCGCCCUCUGUUCAUGUGUCUCUGGAUCUAAAUGUUAUUAAAUUAUUUUCUGAAGAUAAAA